AAGAAAAUUUGGGACGAUUCACUUUUUUAGGUUUCUGUUGAAUACAAAUUUGUGGGUUAUGAUCUGGAUUUGGGUUGCUUUCCAACCAAGAUGAAUCCCCUCUUCUGAUUGUCUUGUCAACAAGAGGAAUUGAUGAGGAUGAACCAAACCCCCUUUUUGAUUUCUUGUUUCUGAUUUGAAAUCAUCGAUCAUCAUUUCACUUUCUCUUCUGUUCUUUCAUCCUUUUCUUUUUAAUCCAACUAUCCCCUCUUAAAUUAGAGUAAUCCCAAAGUUUCCAUAAUUCUACUCUCUUUCUCUCUCUGUUUGUUAUUUUGUGUGUGUGUCAGUGUGUGUGUCAGAGGGAAAGAGGCUGAUUGCAUGCAAUUGAAUCCGUUUUUUCUUAUUUCUAUCCAGUUUUGGCUCACGGGGUUAGGGAUUUUGAUUCUUUUCAUUCGAUUCCCACAACCGAUUCUGAUACAGUUUCAUACCCCCAAAACCUUUUCUCUGUGUUUUCGACUGCGUGUGAGAUUGAUAGAGCCAAAGGGGAUUUUGAAUUUUGAUUGAUUGACUGCAUGCAAUCAUCUGCCUGAUUUGAAUUUCGAUCAAGAAUCUGAAUUUCUGCAUAGAGUUCAGGUGAGAUAUUGUUUUUUUUAUUUGUUGAAUUCAAUCAAAAUUCAUCUGCUUCUUGUUUUCGUCAAUAUCUAUGCUGGAGCCUCUGUUAUUUUCAGUCGUUUGAAUUCAACUGAAAUGGAUAUCUGAGUUUGCAUACUGUUCUUGGAUCUCAAAUGGAUUUAUCGAAUUUGAAGCAUUUGAGAUUCUUUGGGCUUCGUUUGACUUCUCUACUCUCCAAAACCUUCUUCUUGAUUGCAAUCGCGUUCAUAUUUCGAACCCUUUUACUCCCCAAAUCUUUCGAAUUUGGUGGGAUUAAACUCCAUGAACAGGGUUUAUCAGGAAUGAAAUCUGGGAAUCUCAGAAUGAAGUUUUUAGAGGUACCCCAAAUUGUUUGGGGAUUAAACAACCAAAAAAUUGCUUUUGCAAGAGCUUGUUUAACUGCAAGAUUGCUAAACAGAACCCUUCUUAUGCCCAGCUUAAGUGCAUCUUUGUUUUAUAAAGAAAUCGAUCAAUUAGAACCCAUUUCAUUUGAUAAGGUGUUUCAGUUUGAGAAAUUUAAUUCACUGUGUAAAGGGUUUGUCCAGCUGGGUCGAUAUUCCGAUCUCCAUAACCAAAGUGACAUCAUUGUGGUUCAAAAGGGUAGCGGUAGACGAUGGACGGUCAAGCGAGAUCUUGAUCAGUUGAAAGAAUUGAACAAGAACACGGUUGAUGAACCGGAAACCGUCCGAAUAGUUGGAAAGAACCCGUUUCUAUGGCAUGAUCAUUGGCCUGUUAAAGAUUACGCCAAGGUGUUCAAGUGCUUAGUUCUAGUAGACGAAAUCUCAAAAGAAUCCGAUAAAGUUGUAGCCAAGAUAAGAGAGUUGGGAAGUGGAUCAAAUACCGUUUCUUCUAAUGAUCGAGUUCCAUACAUUGCAGUCCAUAUGAGGAUCGAAAAAGAUUGGAUGAUACAUUGCAAGAAGCGAGAGCAACGAUCAAAUGUAUCGGACAUUUGUAGUAGUAAAGAUGAGAUCACAACUAGAGUAAGCAAGAUUCCGGGCCUGAAAACGCCUAUGGUUGUUUACGUUGCUGUAGCCGAUGCACUUCUUGAAGACGGUUCGAUCUUGGACGGUUGGAGCCAAGGUCUGCAGCCGGUUGAGAAGAAGAAACUGGGUGUGGUAGAGAUUUACAAGAAACAUCCAUAUCUGAUUCAGUCAGCAAUCGAUUACGAAGUUUGUUUAAGAGCGGAUGUGUUUGUGGGGAACAGUUAUUCGACAUUUUCGAGCCUGUUGGUUCUUGAAAGGACGGUGAGAUCGGGAGGGUGUGGGACGUCGGAUCAUGUAAGAUCUUAUGCUUACAAUCUGAAGGGGGAGCACGGAGGUCCGCGGCCAUGGAUGACAAGUUUAUCGGAUUCAAGCUUAGAAGCAAUAAGUUAUGGAUCCAACAACAUUUCAUGCUGAUUGGUUAAUUAGACAUGGUGAUGAAUGAUUCUUUUUGUAAACAUGGAUAGAUAGGUAUAU